UGCUUAGACGGGUGGGUAGCAACAGUUGCCCCGGUGAGGACGAGGCGCCAUAGUCACGGUAGUCGUGGCGACAAGAACCCAGCAACGAGAAUCAACAACAACAAUUUGAGGCAUUAAGAAAAUAAAACUCCGCGCCAAACUAAGAUCGUCCAGCAAGAAGCGAAAGAGGGAUUUUCGGCUGUUGUCGUCAUGGCAACUUCAGGCUACACCGCCGAGGAUCUUCAACCCUCCCAGUCGCAAGGGGGCAACGUCACGACAGCCUCAUCGACCCAGCAGAAAGCCACGUCCACCACCGGCACGUCUCAGUUCCUGUCCGACAUGCAGAGCUCUCCGGGGUCCGCUUCAUCACAGGCGGGGUCUAUCAUAAGAGCACAGGCCACGCCAUUGGUCACUCAAAAGAAAGCAGUCUUGGCCACGCCCCCUCAGGGACCGCAGUACGUCACAGGAGAGAUACAAAGCCCCGCCUCCCAGGCCGGAAACGGCCAGAGCGCCCAGUACAUAGUGGUGACCGUUACUGAGGGCUCGGUUCACUCAAAUGACUCUGAAUCUAGUUCUCCUCCGGCGGGACAGACAGGUGUACCCACACAGGUAGUGCAACAGGUGCAGACAGCACAGCAGAGGUCAGUUGUUCAGGCCGUAACCAAGAGUCAAAGUGGACAACUGGGGGUCAGUAAUCUACACAUCACACCUGAGCAUGUGUACUCAGGCCAGUUUGUGGAGGGAGACGCCAGCUACAACGAUGCUGCAAUUCGUUCCAAUAGUUACUCGUUCGCAGACCCCUCCCUCUACCCUCAAGCCACGCCCUCUGUCACUUAUUACGAGACCUCCCCCACCACCGGCUCCCAGGUCACGUCCCCCGCCACCACUCAGGCUGUGUCUGUGACGUCCGGGACGGGCACAGGGGUGGUGUCCAUGUUCUCAGAGGGCAGUUCGGGGAUCACCGUGGUGACUGGCGGGGCUUCGUCGGAAGUGGGCGGGGCAGGAGGCGUGGCCACCGGCGGAGGGGCGGGGAGUUACGUGAUUCAGGGCGGGUACAUGCUCGGCGGAGGGAACCAGAAUUUCUCACACAACACGCGCGCUUCACCUGCGACUGUGCAGUGGCUGAUGGAUAACUACGAGACAGCUGAAGGUGUAAGUCUUCCUCGCUGUACUCUCUACUGUCAUUACCUCCUGCACUGCCAGCAGACCAAGCUAGAACCUGUGAACGCCGCCUCCUUUGGAAAACUCAUCCGCUCCGUGUUCAUGGGCCUCAGAACCAGACGUCUCGGCACCAGAGGGAACUCGAAGUACCAUUACUAUGGCCUUCGAAUCAAGAGCAACUCCCCCCUGCACAGGCUGGUAGAGGACCAGCAACACCUGGCCAUGAGACAACAGCCGUACUCGCAAAAACAGAGAAUAAAGCCUGUGCAGAAGGUUGAAGGACUGACCAAUGGAAUGGGCCUGGGGGUGGGGCAUCAACAAGGGGCGGGGCUAUCCGACAUCAGCGCCCAGGUUCACCAGUAUCAGCAGUUUUUGGAUGCGUCUCGCAGUCUGCCGGAGUUCCCUGUGAUCGAGGAUGAGGGUAAAUUUCUGCCGGACGGACUCCUUCCUCAACACAUACACACAUAUCAGCUGAUCUACAGAGAGCACUGCGAGGCCAUUCUGGACGUGAUGGUAAACCUGCAGUUCCCUCUUGUGGAGACGCUGUGGAAGAGCUUCUGGAGGUUCAGUGAAGGACAAACCAGCGACACGGACACACUUGACCUUAAUGAUGAAUCAGAGAAGCGUUUGCCCAAGUCAGUUCUGGUUCUGUUGUGUAAAUAUGAGCCCGUCCUCCACUGGACCCGUGAAUGCGACAACUUGCUGUACCAAAGCCUAGUGGAAAUCCUCAUCCCUGAUGUCCUGAGACCCAUCCCCAGUGCCUUAACUCAAGCCAUCCGUAACUUUGCUAAGAAUCUGGAGAACUGGCUCACUAACGCCAUGAUCAGCAUCCCGGAGGAGAUGGUCCGCAUCAAGGUGGUGUGUGCGGGAGCGUUCGCUCAGACUCUGCGGCGCUACACGUCUCUCAAUCAUCUGGCUCAGGCGGCUCGCGCCGUCCUGCAGAACACGGCUCAGAUCACACAGAUGCUCAGCGACCUCAACCGCGUCGACUUCACCAACGUACAGGAGCAGGCCUCGUGGGUGUGUGGCUGUGAAGAUGGCAUGGUCCAGCGGCUGGAGCAGGACUUUAAGAUCACCCUGCAGCAGCAGAACUCUCUGGAGCAGUGGGCGGCAUGGCUGGAUGGGGUGGUUUCACAGGUCCUGAAGCCGUACACCGACAGCCAGACCUUACCCAAAGCGGCCAAACUCUUCCUGCUCAAGUGGAGCUUCUACAGUUCAAUGGUGAUCAGAGAUCUGACCCUGCGCAGCGCAGCCAGUUUCGGCUCGUUUCAUCUGAUCCGACUGCUGUAUGACGAGUACAUGUACUACCUGAUCGAGCACAGAGUCGCACAGGCCAAAGGAGAGACGCCCAUCGCUGUUAUGGGAGAGUUUGCCUGUCUGAACAGAAGUCAGAGUUCAAUGGAUCCGGAUAAAGAUGAGGAAGAGGACGAUGAGACGGAUGAGACGGAUGAGGAUCAGGACAUGGCUGUUCCGGACAACUCUGUGGUUCUGGGGGAGGAGUCACUGGAGCCGCCCACAAAACUGGCCAGAACGGAGCUGUUCAACAACACCACUCAGAACUAACA